AUGCUCGCCGAACUCCUCCUAGUCCUAGGAGGACACACGUCGGCGCUCUUCACCCCGAGCGGCGUGUCGCCUUCGCUGGCCGCCUACCUGCACCCAGGCGAGGUCGCGGCGCUCAACACGCUCGUGACGCUGGCGGGGCAGUACCGUUCGGUGCGCUCCUGGGCCGAAGGGACACAGGCGGCCGCGCGUGCUGGCGUCCUGGCGGCAAGCAAGAGCCGCAAGGGCAAGCAGCGUGAGGAGACGCCCCCGCCCGAUACCGCGCCGGGGCAGUACACUGCCGUUUUGGCCGGCGCGAUCCGCGCCGUGCUCCGCGAGUACGACGAGCUGGUCGUACACACCGAGGCGGCGGUGCUCGCCUCCGAUCCCGGCUACGUCCAGCGCGGGGAGGGCGCGAGUACCUUCGUACCCCUGUCGCUGCUCGUCGCGACGUUCGACGCGUGGCAGGCGCCCAUGGCCGCGCUGGCCGCGCUCGUCGCCCGCGCGCCGCAGUACUCGCCCGGCGAGCUGAUGCAGCACCUGUCCGACUGCGGCUCGACGGGGCACCCGGAGCUGCGGCGCGUGUUCGGCGCGCUGCUUGAUGCCGUGUGGGCGCACUUCAAGGCCGGGCUGGUCGUGUUCCUCCUGGACGGCAUCGCGGCGGAUACGUCUACGCCGUCGGCGCCGGCCAUCGGGCUGGACGCAGGCGCCGACCCCCCGCACCGGCUGUACAAGCUCGACCUGGCGCUCGUGCCCGCGUCCGUUGGCGCGCCGACGCGCGAGAGCAUCCUCUAUGUCGGGAGAGUCGCCGCGACGCUCAAGCGCGAGGGGCGGGCGCUGCCCCGCAGCCUUGUUGAGAAGGCGCGGAAAGAUGUCCUCGCCUCGUCGUUUGACGCGCUCGACGCCGCAGUCCAGCGCACGCGCGCCGAGGUCGGCGAGUGGCUCUGGACGCAUAUUCUUACCGGGCCGCAGGUGGCUGAGGCGCUCGAGUCCUUCGGCAACUACUUCCUGACGCGCGACGCGGACUUCUCGCUCAACGUCAUCCGUGAGAUUGCGCGACUGCGCCGCGACCGCCUGCUGCUCGCCAACCCGCUCUCCUCGUCGUCCGUGAUCCGCGCGUACGACCUCGACCUCGCGCUGCUCCGCGCAAGCGUAGGCACCGACGCCGAGGCGGACCGCGCGCUCGAAGCGCUGUCGUGGUCGAUGCCGGCGGGACACCUGCGGCCGAACUCCAAACCCACGCCAGACGACGGGAGCGUGCGCGGCCUGUUCGCGCCGGCGCUGCUAGGCACCCCGCUCGCGCUGACAGCGACGGUCGCGUGGCCGCUCGACCUGUUCAUGACCCCGCCCGCCGUGGCAGCGUACUCGGAUAUCCACGCGUACCUGUACGCGAUCCGCGACGCGCACGCGCGCGUGCUCGACUGCUGGAGCGCGCUGAGCGGCGCACAGAGACGGCGGCGGGUGUGGACCGGCGCCGACGAGGGCGGCCUCGGCGACGAGCGGGCCGCGCGCACCGCGCUCGCGCGGACAGCCUGGGCGACCGUCCGCGCGAUGCUCUUCUUCCUCGACCAGCUGCUGGGCCACUUCAUGACGGAUAUCGUGGGGACGCAGCACCGCCGCCUGCUCGAGCAGCUGGCAAAUGCGUCCCCCGACGCGCGCGCAGCCACGCCGCAGCGGCCCAGCUCGGCCGCGGCGCGCCCGGGCUCCGUGACGCCGUUCUCGAGGCCGCGGUCCGCGAGCCCCGCCCGCGGGGCGCAGUACCUCGACUUUUUGACCCUGCGGCAGAUGCACGCGCGCCACCUCGCGUUCCUCCGCGAAGGGCUGCUCAUCGCCGAGCGCGACUCGGCCGUGCUCGUCCGCGACAUCCUCGACACGUGCAAGCGUUUCGCGGGGCUCGUGGAGCGCUGGGGCGGCGACGUGCUGCCCGAGCUGCUGCAAGAGGGCGAUACGCAGGGCGGGCUGCUGGCCGAGCGGACGCGGGCAGUCGACGAGAUCAGCGACACACUGCACGACCUCAUCGGCGACUUCUUCCGCAUGCUCCUCGAGUCGCAGGCGCCCGUGGCUGCCAACAACGCUGCCACGGACGAGGCGGCCUCGUCCACCACACGCGCGUCUCUGUCCCGCGCGACGCUCUCGCGCACCCGCGUCACGCAGAUCAUGCACGCGUCGCGUACAGGUAUCGGCGCGACAGAGGUCGAUGACGCAGUCAUGGCCCGGCAUAUUGAGCAGCUCCUCCUCCGCCUCGACUUUAAUGGCGUGCUCACGCUCUGGCAGGAGGGCAGGGCAGGCAGAGACGUGCUCCCUCCCAGGCCAUUAUAA